AUGGCGCCUACAGGAGACGCUAUGGGCGAGACCGUCGCUGCGGCCGGUCUCCAUGCUGAGAUGAUCGACGAGAAGCGAGCCUCUAUGGCUGCUGAGAGGAGAUCCUCUGUAGUCACCAACCCCAAUGCGCCUGCUACCGUCUCUGGUGGUGUUACCCCCGAUGGACAGUUUCCCACCCCUGAGGAGAUGGCAAGCUUGAGGCGAAUUUCCAACAAGAUUCCCUUGAAGCUCUUCAGUAUUGCUUUCAUUGAGCUUUGCGAACGAUUCUCCUACUAUGGAUGUACCGUCGUGUUCACCAACUUCAUCCAGCAGCCUCUCCCUCCUGGCUCUGUUACUGGUGCCGACGAUGAGCAGCCUGGUGCCCUCGGAAUGGGUCAGCGAGCCUCGACCGGUAUCACCACAUUCAACCAGUUCUGGCAGUACCUGAUGCCCCUGUUCGGAGCCUACGUCGCCGAUCAGUACUGGGGCCGUUACAGGACCAUCAGCUACGCUCUGGUUAUCGACAUCAUCGGUCAUAUUAUUCUCAUUGUCUCUGCCGUUCCCGGUGUUAUCCAAAGCGACGGUGCCCUCGGUGCCAUGAUCAUUGCUAUCAUCGUUAUUGGUUUCGGUACUGGUGGUUUCAAACCCAACGUCAACCCUCUUAUCGUCGAACAACUUGGUGAACAGUACAUGCACGUCAAGACUCUCAAGUCUGGCGAGCGUGUCAUCAUCGACCCUGCUGUUACCAUCGAGCGUGUUUACAUGUGGUUCUACUGGGCUAUCAACGUUGGAGCUUUAGUUGGUCAGGUUACCAUGGUCUUCGCUGAGAAGUACGUUGGUUUCUGGCUCUCUUACACCCUCCCAACCUUUAUGCUUUGCCUGUGCCCUAUCAUUAUGUGGUUGAACCGCAAGAACUACGAGCAGCGAGCUCCUGGUGGUUCCGUCUUGGGACCUGCCAUGAAGACCUUCUUCCUUGCUCAGAAGGGCCGCUGGAGUAUCAACCCUUUCCAGACCUGGAAGAACAUGCACACUGGUGAUUUCUGGGAGUCAGUCAAGCCCUCUAAGUUCACCAGCGAGACACGCCCUAAGUGGAUGACUUUCGACGAUGCCUGGGUCGACGAACUUCGACGUGGAUUCAACGCCUGUGCUGUAUUCUGCUGGUACCCUAUCUUCUGGCUUUGCUACAAUCAGAUCAACAACAACCUGAUCUCUCAGGCCGCCCUCAUGGAGCGUCACGGUGUCCCUAACGAUAUUCUGUCCAACCUGAACCCUUUUGCUCUCUUGAUCUUUAUUCCUCUCAACGAUCGUCUGAUCUACCCUGCUCUCCGAAAGGCUGGUAUUCGCUUCACUCCCAUCAAGAAGAUUACUGCCGGUUUCUUCACUGGCGCAGCCGCAAUGAUCUGGGCUGCUAUCGUCCAGCACUACAUCUACCAGAAGUCUGAGUGUGGCAUGUAUGCAUCCGGCGAAGAUUGCACUACUGCUCCUAUCAAUGUUUGGGCUCAGACCGGUGCCUACGUUCUUAUCGCUCUGUCCGAAGUGUUCGCCUCCAUCACUUCUCUCGAGUAUGCCUUCUCCAAGGCGCCCAAGAACAUGCGUUCCAUGGUCCAGGCCGUUGCUCUCUUCAUGACUGCUUUCUCAGCUGCUCUCGGACAGGCCCUCGUUGGUCUUGCUGCUGAUCCUCUUCUUGUCUGGAACUACGGUGUUGUCGCCAUCCUCGCUGUCAUUGCUGGUACUUGCUUCUGGUUCCAGUUCAAGGAUUUGGAUAUCCACGAAGAUGAGCUUAACGCUCUUCCUGAGGGUCAAGCUGGUAACAAGGCUGACGUUGAGGCUCCCUUGGAGGAGAAGAAGCGAGUUGAUGAAUAA